AUGACAGAACAAAACUCGACAGAAAUGGCUCUUCCAAACCUCAAAUUUACAUUCAACGAGACUGUUUCAGAAUGGAACGUCAGCCAUCGCGAAUGGCUCAAGUCGCACAACAAAACGUGGGAUUCUCUAGCAACAGGAGCCCUCGUAUUUGACGCCUCCAACCGCAUUCUCCUACUGCAGCGCGCACCUGACGACAGCAUGCCCAACAAAUGGGAAAUCCCCGGAGGAGCAUGCGACGACGAGGACGAGAGCGUCCUGCACGGUUGUGUGCGCGAGCUCUGGGAGGAAACAGGUCUAAAAGCCACGCACAUCCGCCACGUUAUACCUGACAACCAAAAUGGGAAGCCCGGGGCGGUGUUUACGAAUCGCACGGGCAAGAGAUUCUUUUGCAAGUUUAGCUUUGAGGUGGACGUUGCUUUGAUGGAUGUGAAGCUGGAUCCGAAGGAGCAUCAGGAUUACGUGUGGGCGACGGAGGAGGAGGCUAAACAGCAGUGCAUGGGGGAGAGAGAGAUUCCUUUAACGAAUGCGAUUAUGGGUUCAAUCGCUUUAAAGAUCAAGAAGUGA